GGGGAACGAAGGACCCAGAAGCCACCCACCCCAUCGUCCUGAGGUAAAUCGGAGCCGGAGGAGACCGAGGAAGAAGGAGAAGCGGCGCGGCGAGGCGAGGCGAGGAGAGAGAUGGGGAAGAUGCCGGUGCGGAUGAAGGCGGUGGUGUACGCGCUGUCGCCGUUCCAGCAGCAGGUGAUGCCGGGCCUGUGGAAGGACAUCACCACCAAGAUCCACCACAAGGUGUCCGAGAACUGGAUCUCCGCCACGCUCCUCAUCACCCCCGUCGUCGGCACCUACCAGUACGCGAUGUACUACAAGGAGCAGGAGAAGCUGUCCCACAGAUACUAGAUGUGAAGCUUUGUCGAAUGUCAAAGCAGUUGGAAUUUCCAUGUUCUAUAAUCCGCCAAGAGUGAUUUAACGUUUUUGGAAUCAUUUCCUAGCUGUACUCUUUUCCUCUUUCCAUGCAUAUGCAAUGAUGCAGUAAGUGUGACUUGCAAACUUACUUUGAGGCUCAAAUGUUGUGUUAUCCAUCGUUGGAGUAAUUGUUGAAUAAAGCAAAUUAACUCGUCA